AUACCUUCAUUUUUAACUUACCUUUUGAAAUUCGGCUUGGCUUCAAUAUUGUGCGCGAUUGUUGAUUUUGAUGAUUUGUCAAUGAAAUAUUCUUAUCUAUUCUAUCAAAAUAAAGAGAUUGACUUGAAUCAACUUUAUUUUCAGUUGCAUUAUUAAUUCGACCAAAGUCCAAACUUAUACGUAAUCCUUUAAAUUGUACUUAUGAAGACGGAACAUUAUGUGGAUGGAAUAUGGAUCCAAGAGAUGUGUUGGCUUUGUGGCAAGUGGUGGAUAUACUUGAUUACAAGACAAAAGCCAUGUGUCUUUCACCGAAUCCAGAUUUAUCAAUUUAUCAAGAUGUUUCUGAUUUGAAAUUUAAGACAGAUAUUUCAGCUCGCUUAUGGAGUGGUCAUGUUCGUGUUAGCAAGCAACUAAAAGAUCAUGAGAUACAAUGCCUGCAGUUCACCUAUUUCAUACCACCAAAAAUAACGCCUAAAGGUCGACUAACAAUUAUGAGACAUUCAGAUGGGUAAGAUCUGUUAUCCUUAUCAAGUGCUACUCUAUACUCAUACUGCAGUUCGGUAAUUAUCUGCUCAGUAAAAUUUAUAUGAAUCAGCAAGAAAAUACAUUAUUAGUCAUAAAAAUUUAUCAUGGUUUUCGGUUAACAAUAUCGUCUUUACUAUGCAAACGAAACAACGUUUCAAUAAUCUCUAGAGAUUUCACUGCAAUGAUUUUGUGGUUAAGAAAACUUGUUGUUAUCUUCAUUUUGAUUCAAAACAGACGCAACAACUAAUGUUCACAUGGAAUUGUAUUUGAGUCACGAGAGAAUUAGAUGUUAUAUGAAGAAAGUAUGUAGACAUUGUAAAAAGUGAGUAAAAAAAAGCAAAUGAUGAACGGAGUCAUCUUUAAUCAUUUUGCAGAUACUUAUUAUUGUAUUGUGUUUGAAGAAAUUCUCAAUUCAACUAAUUAUUGGAUUCUUUCUACUGGAAAAUUGGAUGAUUAUCUUCAGUUUUGUUCCAGGCGUGUUUCAAAUGUAGAAUAUGUGGUGAUGACUAACAACUCUACGGUACAACAGCUUUGUCUGUUCCUAACCCUUCAUCCCAGCUACUCCAAAAGACUAAUCUUAUUGUAUGAGACCAAAAGGACUGGAUUUGCAUCAAAGCUAAUUCAUUUACAUAUUGAUUCAGUGACUAUAAAUUACGGAAUUAUAUUAAAUGAGUGAUUGUCAUAAAAUAUGUAAUCAUAGUGAAAAUCAACUAACUAACAUGCACUGAAAGUUAUUGAAUAAAACUGUCGAAAAUGAGUUGCAUUUAAUGGAAACUCAUCUUAAAUCGAUCGGUAUACAAAGCAAAGUUUGAUUUUCUUUCUCAUGGAGAUAUAAUAUGGCUAACAAUUGGAUAGUUGGAAUAGCCGUCGUCUAUAUUUAUUCUUUUUAUUACCUUUUCAUUUCUAAUCCUUAAAGUGAACCAGUGUUCGGUUAAAUUAAUGGUACUUACUAUAUAGUUAGACGAAAAAUUCCAACUUUUAUAAUUCUAAAGUGUUUCACAUGAAAAUGUGCCAACAUCAAAUUAGUGUGUUUAGUCAAUACCUACAUUCUGUCGUUCUCAUAAAAUGCAUAUCAUUAGCCAAUUAAAUAAACCUUAGUGUUAUCACACAUUGAUGUAAUUCAUUCAUGUUGAUAAUGGUGAUAAAUGUUAUUAUUCUUGAGAUUUGAACAAUUUUUAGUAUGAUUACUCAAUAUCGGUUUAUAGUGUUAUCUUCAGUUGAUCGUUAUGAUAAAUAUAAAAAGCAGCACUGAAGUUCAUCGGAUUAGUUUUUGUCCGACCAAAUGACUAGGAGUUGUUGGCUAACCGUUUUUUCUCGACUUUGAUAACUUUAUUUCAUCUUGAUAGUUACCUCUCCACCAAAAUACCUCAUGUUUUCUCAUGUCGGAUUAUCUGACUGGAUAUAUUUAGGGGCAUUUAAGAUAUUUGUACUGUUAUGUAAUUUUAUCCAAGUUUCUUCCUCGUUAACGUGCAACAGCUCAAUUCAAAGCGGUAAACUAAUUAAGUAAUUCUUAAACUUAUAAUUGUACAGUUUAUCUUCCUCUUAUCUCUUAUUCAUAAUCACUUUUAUUUCCUUUGGGCGGCUUGAAUUUAUGUGAUCUGAAAGUUUUCCUUAAACUUUAUUACCUUUGUAUCUUGCUUAAUUGAUUAAAGGCUAUGAAAAGCGUUUCAAUGGACAUUCAUCUCCCAUUUCGCCUGCAAAUUGUGAUUUUGAAAAAUUUGGAAUGUGCCGUUGGAUGCCCGACCCACGAAAUAGUGAAGCUCAUUGGCGAAUUGAACAUUCAAAAACUAAGCAUGGUUUAGUGAAUGGGAUUCUUUGUAUGUCUUUAUCUGCAUUUCAAGGGGAUCCUGAAAAAACAGAGAGAUCGAUUCCAUUUGGAAUCGAUACUAGUUCUGCAGAUGUUUAUUCUGGACGACUUUGGAGUGAUAAGUUUCAUCGUCUGAAAUCGCAUAUCGAUUAUCAAUGCUUAGAGUUGUCUUACAUGAUUGAGAGUAAAAACAAACAAACAAUACAGCCACCCACAGUAAAUUACAGUCGAUAUAUCCCUCAGCUCACUCUCCUUCGACAUUCUUCAGGUUCAUGUGUUAAGCAAAAUACUUAUGAACGUGGGGAAUCCGCUGUUUUAUGCAAAAAUCAUGAUUUAUGGUCAUCAAAUGAAAAUGAUAAUGCACGUAUAUAUCCUUCAAAUGUAUGGUCUGUUGCCAAAAUUGAUUUACAUCAAAAUCAACAACGUGAUUCUAUCCUUUCAACAGAUUCAAGUUAUAAGCUGAUAUUAGAAGGUACAAUUCCUGCUGGCUAUCCAGAUGCUAGAAUCUGUGUCGAUAAUAUUACUUCCUAUACUGAACCAUGUAGUGCUCUGGAGAAAGCAUCUGCACCAUUGCCAAGUCAAUGGAGUUGGGCACAAUACUUUGGAUUGACAUUUGUUGGUGCUUUAAUCUUAGGUUUAUUAAUACCAGUGUUGUUUUUGGUUAUUCUGAUUUGGGCCUGUCGUCGCCGUCAUCAUGCUAUGCACUCAAACUAUACGAAUAGUAAAUUAUUUUCAACAAAUCUAUGGUAUUACAUCGGUGGCAAAGAAAUAUGUGAUGAUCCAAAUGGUUUUCGCGGUAGUUCAAGUUUGUUACGUUCAAAACAAUUUAAUUCACCGUCAGCAACUGGUACUUUAUUGAAUGGUGGUGGUGGACAUCAUUUGAUGUUGAGUAAUGCUGAUGUAAUGGAUUUACCUGAUGUAGUUGUACCAGGUGGACGUGUAGUAGCCUUUAAUUAUUCUGGAAAUACUUUAGGCGGUAACACACUUCGUCAUAAUCAUAAUAAUGCUGGAUAUACAAACACAAAUUAUCUAUCAAAUGCACAAAAUGGUCAGGUUAUGCUAACAAAUGUUAAUGGGACAGUUUCAUUGAAUAAUUGUGGUACAAAUGUUACUACUGUUGCACGUACUGGUCAAAAUGCGAUGCCGUUAGUAUCAAAUGAACUUAUUCAACAACAGUCACAAAGUCAACAACAAAAUGAAACUUAUAAUUACCAAACGAAUCCAGUUUUCGGGGAAUCUGCCUCUAUGGCACUGAUGACAGCUAGUCAAUCUCCAAUGCUAAUGACACAAUCUAUGGCACCAAAUUAUGGUUCUGAAGCAAAUCACAUUGCUCAGUCAAAUUUUUCCAAUGCUAAUACUCAACAAAUAAACCAAUUAAAUUCAAAUGGUCAAGUAUACAACAAACCAGCAGUACCACCAGCACAACAACAACACCAUCAACCACGUGCACAAUCGCAAUAUUUUCCCCCGACCCAACAGUCUCAAACGAAUUUGAUCCAACCACAACCACAAAUAUCUCAAUCAUUUCAACAACAACAACAACAGCAGCAGCAGCAACCGUCCAACUUUCAAUUUCAGAACCAACUUCAACAGCAACAACAACAACAGUUAGUAGCUAACCAAACACCUGUUUCUAAUCAGUUUCAUCCACAGCAACAACAGUCUGUACAACAAUCACACCAACAGCAGUCUGUACAACAAUCACAGCAACAACAGUUUCCUCUUCCACCACCUCCCCCAACAUGUCAAUUGCAACAAAUGAAUCUUCAACAGGCUGCAAAUUUACCACCACAAACACAACAACAAAAUCAACCUGUUCCUUUUAAUCAACAACCAGUUAAUCAUCAGUAUCCAUUUCAGUCACAACCAUCACAAGUACAACAACCAGUACCGACUGAUCAACGAAGACAACAAGUAGUGAAUGGACAAAUACAAACAUCUGUUGCCGUUGUUACUGCACAAACUGCUCCCAUUCCACUUGGUUCAUCGCAACAAAAUUGUCAACCUCUACAACAACAGUCUAACACUAAUACUACAAAUUCUGGUAAUAAUAAUAAUUUGAAUAAUGGGAAUGCAUUAAUAACGAUAUCAAAUAAUCGUUGUUUAUCUAUGUCACCAACGUCCGUUGGAACUGAUUCACUUACUGAAGCUGAUCAACAAGCUGCUAUGGCUUUGUUAGCUGCUGCCACAGAAGGUAUGGAUACGUUUCGAGAAAAUCAAACAACACCGAGUAGUUUACAGUCUCCAAUUCCAAUAGUCAGUAAUAACAUUAGGAGAUUAGAUUCAUGCAUUAAUACUACUACUGCUACAAAUACUACCACUAAUAAUGAUAUUAACACUCAAGUACCAGUUGAUGAAGACAAUCCACCACCAGGAUAUGAUGAAGCUAUUGGUUUGAUACAAAACAAUUUCAUGAAUAAUGUUAACAUGGCAAUGAUGAUGAAUACAAUGGUGAAACCAGCUGUUCCUAUACCGAACACAACUUGUACACCACCACCAGCAUUACCACCACGUCGAAUUAUUAACGGAGUUGGUUUAGAAGAUAUUGAGGAUCCACAAUCAAUGACAUCGUGUAUAUCGUUAGCUGAACGUUAUGGUCUACAUGUAGCUGAAAUUUAAAAUGGACAGCACGGAGGUUUUAAACGAUGGAUAUUGUUGAACUGUUUAGGAAAUUAUUACAUCAUUGAAUGUGUAACAGUCAUACGGUUUUUGUUUAGCGUAAUUUUUCAUCGCAUCCGUUUAAUGUUGUUGUUUUUCUUCUUCUCGCUUACUCAUCUUAAUUAGUGCUUGUUGUUCUCAUUAUUGUUGUUGUCCCCAUCAUUAUUAUUUAUUGUUAAUGUAUGCUUUUCGUAUCUGCAUGUUUUCAUGUGUACUUGUGUCUAUUCUUGACAUUUCAUCUCAUCAAUUUUUUUAUAUUUAUCUUACUCAUUGCUUUGCUUAUAUAAUGAUUUUACGUUUCAUUGUAGCUGUGUUUACUUAUUUUAAUCAUAAUAUUGAUAUUUAUACACGUACAAUGAUUUUACAAGUAUUACAUUUUAAAUAGUAGCAUUCUCUUGUCAUUACAACUUAUGCAACUGUUAUGCCUAAAUUUAGGUUUUUAAUUGUUUUAUACCUUGAUUAAUCCAUUUACUGUUUACUGAUAGCUAAUAUAGUAUAAUUGUUUGUGAUUAUCUCACUGUCAUCCACACACACACGUACACAGUAAUUGAAGUUACGCUAUUCAUGUUCUCAUAUUCUAUGGUGAGGAAGUUAAGUAAUAAAACUAAAGCAUUUUAAUCUUCUAGGCAAUCAUAACGAAGAACAUCAGUUGCAUAUACAUUUAUUUGUGUGUAUGACGGUGUAUGUUUCAAUGCUAUCAAGCUGUUAGUAAUUAUCAACUACAUUAUUCAUCAACAAUCACCACUAAAAUGUUUUAAAUUAUGACAGUCAUUCUCAUCUUGAUUUUAAAUUCUUUAUUGUCUUAGUCCACUAAUAUUUGCUUCGUUCGUUUUCACUGCUGUUUUACUUCACUCAUUGUUAGUUAUUUGUGUUUAUUUUUUCUUCUGUGCAAUUUUGUCAAACCUUUUUCUCUUGUAAUUUUUGUCCUCUCUUUUGUUUUGAUUUGUCCUUUAUUGUUUUGUGGAGGUAUUUUAUUGAUUACACCGAACUCUGCCAGAAUUUCUCACUUCUCUCUAUUCGUCCCACCUUCAGAGAUAUCAUAGAAUGGGCGUUAAAUUUGUUUUUGACCAGUACUAAGAACAAACUUUAUACGCUGAUUAUUUGAAGGUACUUCUGGUUGAGCUUUCUUUUUACUUUUCAACAUUAACUAAAAAUUGCAAUAUGUAUAUCUUAUGAUUCGUUUGAUUUAAACGUGCAACGUAGUUGUUGAUCUUUAUUAACGGCUACCGGAUUAUCGGUUUGUUCAUUUCCCUAAAUGUUUUAUCUCGAAUUUUAAUCAUAUUUGGAUUAUCAUAACGUUUUCAUGUUGUCUGUCAUUUUGAUCACUUAUUUAAUGAAUAAUCAGUGUAUUGUCAUCUUUUCCAUGCUUACUUCCUUUGCUUCAAUAAAUAAAUGUUCAUUAUGAUCA